AUGGCCUUCACAGACCUGCUGGAUGCCCUGGGCGGCGUGGGGUGCUUCCAGCUGGUCUACACCACCCUGCUGCUGCUGCCCUGUGCCCUGCUGGCCUGCCACACCUUCCUACAGAACUUCACAGCUGCCGUGCCCCCCCACUACUGUCGGCACCCCACCAACCACACGGGGGCCACCACCAAUGACUCAGUGGCCUGGCUGAGGGCCGUGGUCCCCCUGGACCAGCAUGGGGUCCCUGAGCCAUGCCAGCGCUUCAUGGAGCCUCAGUGGGCCCUCCUGAGCCCCAACACCACCUCCGUCCACCAGGCAGCCACAGAGCCAUGCAAGGAAGGCUGGGUCUACGAUCGCAGUGUCUUCCCAUCUACCAUCGCGAUGGAGUGGGAUCUCGUGUGCGAGGCCCGCAGCCUCCCCGACCUGGCGCAGUCUGUCUACAUGGCUGGAGUGCUAGUGGGAGCCGCUGUGUUUGGCGGCCUGGCGGACAGGCUGGGCCGCAAGGCCCCCCUAAUCUGGUCAUACCUGCAGCUGGCGGUUUCGGGGGCUGCCACGGCGUUGGUGGACUCCUUCAGCGCGUACUGCGUCUCCCGGUUCCUGAUGGGCAUGACCUUCUCCGGCAUCAUCCUCAACUCCCUCUCCCUAGUUGUGGAGUGGAUGCCCACCCGGGGCCGCACUGUGGCGGGCAUCUUGCUGGGCUACUCCUUCACCAUGGGCCAGCUCAUCCUGGCAGGAGUGGCGUACCUGAUCCGCCCUUGGCGGUGGCUGCAGUUUGCUGUAUCUGCUCCUUUCCUGAUCUUUUUCCUCUAUUCUUGGUGGCUUCCAGAGUCUUCCCGAUGGCUCCUUCUACAUGGCAGGUCGCAGCAGGCUGUGCAGAACUUGCAGAAGGUAGCAGCAAUGAAUGGAAGACGGGAAGAAGGGGACAGGCUGACCUCAGAGGUGGUAAGCUCCUACAUCCACAGCAAGUUUGCAAAUGUGCGCACCUCCAGCUCCAUCUUGGAUCUCUUUCGAACCCCAGCCAUCCGUAAGGUCACGUGCUGUCUCAUGAUGGUGUGGUUUUCUAACUCCGUGGCUUACUACGGCGUGGCCAUGGACCUGCAGAAGUUUGGACUGAACAUCUACCUGGUGCAGGCUCUGUUUGGCCUAAUUGACAUCCCCGCCAUGCUGGUGGCCACCACCACCAUGAUUUAUGUUGGCCGCCGGGCCACAGUGGCUUCCUUCCUCUUUCUGGCUGGGCUCAUGGUCAUUGCCAACAUGUUUGUGCCAGAAGACAUGCAGACCCUGCGCACCGCCCAGGCGGCCCUGGGCAAAGGCUGCCUGGCCAGCUCCUUCAUCUGCAUUUACCUGUUCACAGGAGAGCUGUACCCCACAGAGAUCAGGCAGAUGGGGAUGGGCUUCGCCUCUGUCAACGCCCGCAUCGGGGGUCUGGCAGCACCCUUGAUCACCACUCUGGGGGAGUUCAACCCAGUCCUGCCACCUGUGGCCUUCGGUGCCACCUCAAUGCUGGCGGGGCUGGCUGUCACCUGCUUCCUAAUGGAGACCCGCAAUGUGCCCCUGGUGGAGACCAUCGCUGCCAUGGAGAGACGAGCCAAAGAGGGUCCUUCCAAGAAAGAUACAGAAGAAAAGAGAGAAGAAAUGUCUCUUCAGCAGCUGGGCACGUCUCACCUCAAGGAAACCAUCUAAGCUGCCAAGAGGAACCUGGCAUAAGCUGGCAGCAGCUCAGCCAGUGCCCAGCCCUCCCCAUCCCUGAGUUUCUCCCAGGGAUACUGGGCGAAGCUGGCACUGAACUCCAAACAAGGUCAGCCAAAGGACAUGGUGGUGGGGCAGAAGCCACUGCUGAGACUUCUCAGACGAAUGCUCAAUAAUCUGCAUCACAAAGAGAUAAAAGACCAGGGAAACCAUCUCUAGGGGGCCAAA